UUUUUGAACAGGAUCCGAGUAUUAAUGAUACGGUAGUGACGACAAGGAAUAGAAUUGAUAUUGCCAGUUGUGUGAGGACGUAGGAUAAUCAUCGCAUUAAAUUUGAUUAGUAAAUACUUAUAAAUUAAGACAAUACUGAUAUUUCAGUGUUACAAUUGUUAUCAAGAAUCGGUUAAAUAAUCAUACACUUUUUACAAUGACGUGAAAAUUAAUAAAUGCAUCACGAACGUCAUUCGUGCUUCGUGUUUUUCAACUGUUUAAAUAACGUGAAAUAAAAAGUUUUUACCAGUUAUUGUUCCUUAUAUAUUAUGGAAGCAACAUUUUCUUUAUACUCACUAACAAAAGUACACGGAAAAUUAUCUUCCGUUUAUUCGGACAAGUCCAAUUAUCGGGCAAAAUUAAAAAUCAAUAGUGAUACUGUAGGACUGCGAUAGCAAUUGAAAAAAAAUGAAAUUAAAUGAACUGGUACAUUGGUAUCAGAAGAAAAUUGGUACUUACGAUAAGCAACAAUGGGAAAAAACUGUAGAACAACAUAUAUUAGGGGGGUUCACACAUGUUCCAAUGAGAACUGCAAAACUUAAAACAGAACUGAUCGAUGUGGACCUUGUGCGAGGUUCUUCUUUCCCAAAAACUAAGCCGAAGCAUGGAUUAUCUACAGUAGCUUGCUUGGCGCUUAAAAGGCUAUUAUUUCUCCCUUUAUAUAGAAAAUGGUGGACACAACAGACUAGUUUAAAAAUUUUUACAUUAUUUUUAUUGCUGUAUAGUUUACAGUUGAUCAACAUGUGUAUAUAUUUUUAUCAGAUGUCAAAUGACAAUGAAAGUGAUGUUGUGACCAUGUCAGAAGUAUUAAUACCUGCUAUUAUGAUGCUUACUUUGUGCAUUGUUCAUUCCCAUAUUGUAUCAACUCAUUCAGGUCCGAUUAUGACCAAUGGGCAUAGUAAACAGAGAGUAAUUAGGCGUUCGAGACACUCUAGAUGUAGAUUGGGAAAAUCAAGAACAAGACAUAAUCUACGUUUACACGAAGAUUCCAAAUCAUUUCAAGAUAGUGGUUCUGAGAAAACUAGUACAGUGAGUGGCGAAGCAUUAACUUCUGUGCGAUUUGCAAAGAAAGUUGAAAUUGAAAAUUCCUUGACUAUUAGUAAGUCUCAGGAAUUUAUCAAUGUUCAAGCAUCUUGUAAUAAUGAGUUAAUUAAUAUGGUUGUGAGCAAUCCUCUUCUUACGAAUGAAGCUCCAACUAGUCAUGUUCAAUCAAACAAUCUUCCAUAUGGAAGAAAUGUACAUCAAGACGAUGAUGGAUUUGAAAGUUUAAAUGGAAAUGUAUCAAGCGAUAAUGAUAAAGGAGCUGCACACGCAAUGUUAGACAAACCUAAAAAAAAAAGAGAUGUAUUGCACAAAAAUAACGAUGAUUCUGCUAGUCAACAAAUUUUACUCCAACCCAAAUUUUCAGCACUUGAGUUGUUGAAGGCAGAAGAUAAUUCUUUGAAAAGCGAAGAGGAAGCUUCUAGUAAAAUGGAUAAAAUACAGACUCCUAUAAUAAUUGGACCGAGAGAAGGUCGACAACAGUGUGAAAGUGAGGAAGAGGGAGAAUGCGAAGAAGUCGCUACAAAUCAUAUGACUGAAGCUACAACAUCUGCUACUGAAUGGAUGGGAGUAACUACGAAUAGCGAUGAAUGUAGCUACAGUUCGGAACUUGAGGAGUCUGAUUUGCAUAGCGAAACUAGCAAAAAUUAUUCGGAAUUUGUGGAACAUCCGUUUUCUUGGGAAUUUGAAUUACCACCUUCUAUAAUGCUUAGUUCUAGUUGCGCUUCGUGUGAUCGUGUUUCAUGUACUAUAUGGACACGACGUGAUAUAAAAAAAGCUGACUUGUCUGUGCUAGAUAUCAGUUCAGCAAUUAUUGCUAGAGUAGAAUCAAUGCCAGAGAAUAUGAAUUAUUUUUAUGGGGGGCUAAUGGUUAGCGUGGCUUUAUCGUUAAUACCAUCCAUCAAUCGAUUAAGUGAUCAUGUGGGGAUGGACAAUAGUAAUAAUCUAACCAGUUCCUUAAUACCAAAUGAUUUGAUUUCCGUCAAUUUGGAAACGUACAGCGAUAUUUUAUGUAAAGUGAUAGGGUUGACAUUUGGAACAACGUUUUGGGAACGUACAAUAGUGCUUAUAUCAGCAUUCGAGAGGCUCGUGUUAUCUUCUUUAUUAUUUUUUUUAUUAGCAGUUGCUGAACGUACUUACAAACAAAGACUCUUAUAUGCUAAAUUAUUUUCACAUUUAACAUCAUCGAGACGCGCAAGAAAGUCAGAUUUACCACACUUCCGUUUAAAUAAAGUUCGAAAUAUUAAAUUGUGGUUGAGCGUUAGAUCUUAUUUGAAAAGAAGGGGUCCUCAACGUUCCGUAGACGUAAUAGUAUCAGCAGUAUUUGUAGUUACGUUAUUAUUGUUGUCAUUUGUGAGUUUGGAGUUAAUAAAGGAUCUUGAAAGUUUGCAUUCCCGGUAUAACGUUGAAGCAUUGUCUUGGAGCUUUUCUCUUGGGAUAUUUAUAUUACGUUUUAUGACAUUGGGCACGAAAAUUAAUAAAAAAUAUAGAAACCUUUCUGUCUUAAUAACUGAACAAAUUAAUUUAUAUUUACAAAUAGAACAAAAACCACAUAAAAAGGAAGAGCUUAUGGUAGCAAAUAAUGUACUCAAAUUAGCAGCUGAUCUGAUAAAGGAACUUGAAAGUCCGUUUAAAAUAUCUGGUUUAUCUGCCAAUCCUUACCUGUAUACAAUCACAAAAGUGGUAUUGUUGUCUGCUCUUUCGGGGGUACUUUCUGAAUUACUUGGUUUUAAACUCAAAUUACAUAAGAUAAAAAUCAAAUAAAAAAGUGAUACUCUAUUAAUUUUGCGUGUAACUAUUUCAGAAAUGUUAAAUAAUUAACAAAGAAACCUCAGUUUGUUAUUGAAUAUUAGAGUACUUUAUAAAAUAGUUCUAUAUGAACAAAUAAGCAAUUUUGAAUGAUUUAUUUGCAUGCAUACAAGUUUCUAUUAUUUCUUUUAAUUACCGGAGGUUUUGUAUUGUAAUUAUAAAUUCCAUCUUUUAUAACGGAAAGUGGAAAUUACUUUAUUAUAAUGGAAAAUAGUUGAAUUUUUAUUUGUUACAUUUUAGUAAUUUUCCAUUAUUUUCUGUUAAAAAGAAGGUGACAGUUCUUUUUGUUAAGUGACUGUAUGCUUGUGAGACAAAUUAAAGAGAAUGAAAUACAUUAUUUACUUCUAAGGAUUAUAAUAUAUUGGAUCAAUAGGGUUAUAUAAAAACAAAGUGUUAUUGAUACUUAACAAAUCAUUUAAACAUGUAAUUAUAUGACUAAUGAUAGUUAAAAACUACAGUUAAUGAUGCUUUGAAUGAAGUAAUAGAUUAUAAAAGAGGUGGUAGUAUAAUGUAUAUACACAUACAUCUUUGCAAAGUUACGAAUGUUGUAAAUGACAUGAAAAAUGUAUCAACAUUAUUAAGCUCAAUUUUCUUAAUACACUUACUGGUAAAAAAAGGAUAUGCAAUAAUCGUGACUUUCCUUUGAAUGUAUUCAAGAAUUUCUAUACAAAUAAUAUAUCAUAUAAUAGAAAAAAAUAGUACCUGCAAAAUAAUUCAUCUAAUUACAGUCGUUAUUUUUAAAAAGAUUUAAAUGUACCUAUUAUAUUUUAAAUAAAGUGAAGAAUUCGUGUAAUGUAUAAUUA